UUAAAAAUCUAUAUCAGUUUACAAUUUCUUGUAUGCAUUUGUUAUACAUAUUUGUUAUCAGUUACUCUGAUUCCAUAUAACUGAAUUUUUGUUAUGACUUGUAAGAAAUGGAAUAUGAAAAUAGUGACAAAUUACAUUGUUUCAUCAGAGGUUAUGCGAGCAGGCGUUGAUAGUGCUUUUUUCGCACAUGCUUAUUUAGCAGCCCUGUGAACAAAUUGUACAAUUCGCCUGCACGGGUCCAUCGUGGAAAAUGGCUUUACUAGUGAGGAACGUCUGCAAAGUGCUCUCCCAGGCCACUCAAAAGGGUGCUGGUGUUAGAACACUGCACAUAGGUGCUGUUCGCCAUCAAGACAAUUUUAUAGAGCAACAAGGGAAAGUAAAAUGUACUCUUAUACCAGGAGAUGGGGUGGGACCGGAACUGGUCCUUUCCGUUCAAAAUGUUUUCAAAGCUGUCAAUGUCCCGGUUGAAUUUGAACCUUACUUUCUGUCAGAAGUAAAUCCAACACUAAGUGCUCCAUUGGAGCAGGUCGCCAAUAGCAUUGCAUUGAAUCAAGUUUGUUUAAAGGGUAUUUUGGCAACGCCUGAUCAUUCUCACACAGGAGAAUUGCAAACCCUGAAUAUGAAAUUACGACGAAACUUGGACUUGUAUUCUAAUGUAGUACACGUAAAAUCUUUACCUGGAGUUAAAUCUCGUCACCAGAAUGUAGAUUGUGUCAUAAUCAGAGAGCAGACUGAGGGUGAAUACUCUGCUCUGGAGCAUGAAUGCGUUCCUGGAGUAGUCGAGUGUUUGAAAAUUGUCACUGCCGUGAAAAGUCAAAGAAUUGCGAAGUUUGCCUUUGACUACGCUGUAAAAAACAAUCGCAAAAAAGUCACCUGUGUUCACAAGGCCAAUAUUAUGAAGCUUGGCGAUGGUCUGUUCCUUCAAUCUUGCCAAGAAAUUGCAGAGCUCUACCCAAAAAUUCAAUUUGAAACCAUGAUAGUGGAUAAUUGCACAAUGCAAAUGGUCUCCAAUCCUCAUCAAUUUGAUGUUAUGGUAAUGCCAAAUCUAUACGGAAACAUCGUCGAUAAUCUUGCUUCCGGUUUGGUUGGCGGUGCCGGUGUAGUUGCUGGAGCCAGCUACAGUGCAGAAUGUGUGGUGUUUGAACCGGGUGCGAGACACACGUAUUCCGAAGCUGUGGGUAAAAACGUUGCCAAUCCCACAGCUAUGCUUCUGUGCUCAGUGAAGCUGCUGAAUCACGUGAACCUAGGUCGUUACGCGGAACAGAUCAGAGACGCUUUGAAUCGUGUUCUUAACGAUGGUAAAGUUCGUACAAAGGACUUGGGAGGUCAGAGUUCAACCACGGAAUUCACUACGGCUGUGAUUAACAGUCUUCGUUAAAUCCAGAAGUCGCAUCUAUCAGGAUUCUAAUAUAAUGUAGGACAGACGACCUAGAGCGUUCCUCAUAGUGUGUCCAUGCAUUUACUAGUUUCAAAGAAAUUUCGAGUUCGCCAAAUUUAGUAUCAAAACGAUCUAUGAUCGAACUAUAAUGAGAUUAUCUGUACCAAAAUUUCCUGGCGUCACUCUCGAAAUGUCUUUGAGGGACUGAAUGUAUGGCGAUGGUUAAGGGUUAAUUUGGUCACCGUGUGAUUUUCUUCACUUGCAGUAUUGUGUUGAGAGUGUCCUGCGCACGAUAGCAGGAAACCAAAGUAUCAUGUAUUGCUAAUAUUAUUUUAAAAUGAAUGUAACAAACGCCAGUAGGCCAUUUGUUGUACCAUAGGCCCGUGUAAUAUACAAGAAUUGUACCAUAAUAAAUUAUGUAUAGGAUAUCA